AUGGGUAUUCGAGGUUUGACAGGUUUCAUAGACCGCAAUCAACACCUCCUUCAUUCGUAUGAACUACACAACUGUCCAGUGGUCAUUGAUGGCAACAACUUCUAUCAUUUCCUUUACUAUGGUCGGCAUGUUCGUUGCAGCUUUGGAGGAGACUAUGACACUUAUCGUAAGAGAGUCAUCUCGACUUUCCAAUCUUUCAAAGCAUGUGGUAUUACACCUUACGUCAUUUUGGAUGGAGCAUAUACAGUGGAUGGCAGAAAGCUAAAGACAUCACUGUCUCGAGCUAGGGGUCGCAUACGAUUGGUGGACUGUGCAUCGAACACGGAACGUGGAACAGUUCUGCCUUCCUUAGCCUAUGAUACUUUCAUGCAAGUUUUGGCAGAAUUAGAAAUCCCACAUGCUACCUGUCAGUUUGAAGCUGAUGGAGAAAUUGCUGUUUUAGCCAACAAGCUCAACUGCCCAGUGAUCAGCAAUGACAGUGAUUUCUACAUAUUUGACAUGUCUGGAGGAUUCUUGCCUUUAGACUAUGUAGAUUUCAAUGUGCUUACUAAACCGAAAACAGAUGAACUGGAUGAGUACAGUUUUCUAGCUGUUCGAAAAUAUUGUAUCGAUGAUCUCAUAGAAUCUUUUGAUGGUCUCAAUCGAUCGGUGCUGCCAGUGUUUGCCAGUAUGCUGGGCAAUGAUUUCAUUAGUGCCAGUGCCUUUGAGUCUUUCUACCGCCACUUCAAAGUGCCAAAGAUUAUCUCAAAAAAGUUUCAUUUGCCCCCAAAACUGCAUAAGGUCAUCAGUGUCCUGCACUGGCUUCAUUCACGUGUUGAAGAUACGUCCAAGGUAGAAGAAAAGUUGCUGGAAUUUGUUAAUUGUGAAAGAAGAGAAAAAGUGCAGGCCAUGUUUCGUACUUCUGUCAGUGGGUACUGUGAUGUACACAACUUUCAAGGGUUUGAUUUGCACAAGUUUUUCUUUUGUACUGCUUCUGAAGGCAAGUACCAAAUAAGUGCAUCAGAAGAGUUCCUACAGUAUGGUGGGUCUUCUUUUCCUCAAUGGUUUUUGGAGGCUUCCGGCCUUGGGGAGCUGAGUCCUUUCAUCCUGAAUGCUGCAGUCCUUCACCGGGUGAUCAUGUUAUGUCAGAUGGAGGAUCUGAAACAAGACUCGUCUUACACCUGCUCAGAGUCCAUACGGAAUGUGCUUUAUGGAAUACUUCUCAAGGAUGGUCACUUCGACAGCAAAACUUGUACUGUCUCUCAAGUGCCUACUAACUGUGCAUCCAAAAUAUUUGAAAAGAAUGUUGACGCUGAUGAGGAAGCAAAUAGAAAUAGUGAGGAAAAUCAUGUGAAACAGUCUGUUGCUUCAUUUGACAAUGAUGCAGUGAGUUCAGAAAGUGUUUGUAUGGAUACAGGAAAUGUUGAUGAGAGCUUUUCAGGUAUUGAUGGAGAGGCGAAUGAUGAAGUUGGUGAGAAUGAACAGAAUGAUGAUUUGAUUUCUAACAGGAACGGUGAGACUGCAGAUGUUGAGGACGACAAUGAUGAACUUUCCACUUUAGCUGAUCAGGAGGAAACAUGCCUUGUUCAAGCCGAUGCACAACCCUCAAAACAAUGGUGUAUAGAAGAGUAUGGACGUUUAAACAAAAGUCUGAAAAAGUCCCUUAUUGAGCCUGUAUUCAAGGUCAGCCAUAUUGUACUUCCAGGUCUGACUGAGUUGUCGUCAUUGCCACAAGAAACAUGUAGAGAAAUACUUUGGGGAGCAAUGCAGAUUGAUCAUGUUUGGAUUGAGCAGUUUUCUGAGGAUCUGAAGCUGUUUGUUGCUUGUCUUGUAGCUUGGUCCCGCAGUGCACAACCUAAAUUGUCACAUCUUCAUUUAGAUGCAGUCAUUGUCUCUGUUCUUGUACUUACUGCUAACUUGGUGUUGGAGAGGAGGAGUCAGAGGAAGAACACCAACACUGAAAGUGUGGAGUCAGACCUUCAUGUGCAGGUAGAUACUGAAAAUGAAAUGAAUGCUCUUGGUUCUGCUCUUGGAAAACCUUUACAGUGCAGCAGUUUGUACAGCUUGGACAAAAAAUGUGUGGAUAUUAUACAAACUUGUGAAACAUGUACAUCUGGUUUUCUUGAGGAAUUGAGACAAAAGUUGACAAAGUAUCACAGACAACCACCUGUGUUUAACCGUAAGACUGUGUAUGAGCCACAGGUGACCCAUGCUUUUGCCCAACUCCAAGCUUGUGUGGUUGAUGCUCUCAACUUGAACAAAUUGUUGCAUCUUCCGGUGUCAAAUCCCAGACCUGCACAGUUGAUCAACGGCACUCUUCUGUACAAUCUUUUCAAUGAGCUUAUGGUCCGCCCUAGACCUGAUUUGUUUCUGGCCUCUCUCAUAGGCAGUGACUCACUUCUUCAAGGGGUGUAUAUGUUGUUCCGCUCACAAGUGAUCGGCUAUGUAGGUGAAGAACAAUAUGUUGAUCAGUCUUCUUUGCAAGGUAACAAGAAAUCACGAAAGAGGAAAGCAAAGGACAAGAAAAAGUCAGCUGAGGAGGGGAAGUCAGACAGUUGGAAGGAAGAGAGUGAGGAACCCUCUGAAAUAAGCACCGUAGCUGGCUUUGAUGUGGCUAACAAAUUCAGCUUAUUGUCAAUGGUUGAGUAAAUUUUUGUACUUUAAGAUGUUUGGAAUGGAAAUAUGACGUACAACAAAAGAACAUACAUAAAUGAGUACAUUGUGUGUACAUAUUAUAUGUUCAUUUUAUGAUACAUAUAGCAUUGUAUGUGAUGGGGGGGACUAGCAAAUACAAUAAUAAAAAAUCGGGAAAAAA